AUUGCGCCGCUCUUCAUAAAACGCGCAUGCGUGAAAUACAGAAAGUGCCGGAAGAACGCGUCACUUCCUGAUUCUGCAUCUGACGUGUCGAAAACAGUUUUACGCUGGUGGUGGAUUUUACUCGUGGGGGAUUGUUAUCUAUUUAAGUAUUAUUUGAUCCGUGGUGGCAAGAUGCUAGAUUUCUUCACCAUCUUCAGCAAAGGGGGGAUAGUGCUGUGGUGUUUUCAGGGAGCCGGUGUCACUGAAUCCUUCACCGGGCCUGUCAACGCACUGAUCCGCUCCGUGAUCCUUCAGGAACGAAGUGGGAACAAUUCCUACACCCACGAGGCCCUGAGUCUUAAAUACAAGCUCGACAAUGAGUUUGAGCUGAUUUUUGUGGUGGGUUUUCAAAAGAUCCUGACGCUGACGUACGUGGACAAGUUCAUAGAUGACGUCCAGCUGCAUUUUAGGGAUCGUUAUAAGAACGAGCUGGAGCAAAAGGGGGCUCUGAAGCAUCUCAACUUCAGCUAUGAAUUCGAGGAUGACUUCAAGAUGCUUCUCAAAGAGGCGGAGGACAGCAGCAAAGCUCGCCCCGCCGCCAUGCGGACCUUUGAGCAGUCCGAGAAAUCCCAAAAAACUGUGAAGUCGAUGAUUGAGGUGAAAGGUGGGGACAAAGCCAAGGAACCGGGUGGCAAGAAGAAUAAAAAUACCAAAAAGGAGGCUCCUGCAGCUGAGCCUCAGCCUGCCAAAGUGGAUCAAGGCAAGAACGCGUCCUCCGGGCAGAAGAUGGUCGAAAACGGCAACCAGGGCUUGACUGCUGACGAGAUCAUCCAGAAGAAGAGGGAGGAAUUCUUUCGCAAGCGCACGGUGGUGCCUGCUGAGAAAACCAGUAAGUCCCCAAAGCCUCAGAAGCCCAGGAAGAAACAAAUGCGUGUUUGGGACAUGGGUGGUAGCAGCACCAAGGACCUGGACCAUAGCUACAAGAAUGGAAAUUCAAACGGGGAUGAACAGAACAUGGAAGCACAAAUUGACCCAGGGAUGCAGCUAAACUCCAUGAAGGGUGACCUGCUGUCUGUGGACUGUGAGUCCAGUGAGGAUGAAGAGAUGGAGGAGGAGGAGGAGGAGGAAGAGGAGGAGGAGAAGGAGAGAGUGGUUGUCAGUCAAACAAGCAAGACAAGCUCCAAAAAAGGUGGCGGUAUUGGGGGCAUGUUUGGAAUGCUGAAGGGCCUGGUGGGGUCCAAGAGCCUGACCCGCGCAGACAUGGAGUCUGUACUGGAUAAGAUGAGGGACCACCUCAUCGCGAAGAAUGUAGCAGCCGAAAUUGCCUCCCAGCUCUGUGACUCUGUAGCCAAAAAACUGGAGGGCAAAGUCAUGGGCACAUUCACCACUGUGGCCUCAACUGUAAAGCAGGCCCUGCAGGACUCGCUGGUGCAGAUCCUGCAGCCCAAGCGAAGGGUGGAUAUUCUGAGAGACGUCAUGGAGGCGCAGAACCAGCGGAGGCCCUUCGUCAUUACUUUCUGUGGUGUCAAUGGGGUUGGAAAGUCCACUAACUUGGCCAAGAUCUCUUUCUGGCUGAUAGAGAAUGGUUUCUCUGUGCUGAUCGCAGCCUGUGACACGUUUCGUGCCGGUGCGGUGGAGCAGCUCCGCACUCACCAGCGCCGCCUGAACUCUCUGCAUCCUCCUGAGCAGCACGGAGGACGGCCCGUAGUCCAGCUCUAUGAGAAGGGCUACGGAAAGGAUGCUGCUGGAAUUGCCAUGGAGGCCAUUGCCUAUGCCCGCAACCAGGCCUUUGACGUGGUGCUGGUGGACACUGCUGGGCGUAUGCAGGACAACGCCCCCCUAAUGACAGCCCUGGCCAAACUCAUUGCAGUCAACAUGCCUGACCUUGUGCUGUUUGUCGGAGAAGCUCUGGUUGGCAAUGAGGCCGUUGAUCAGCUGGUAAAGUUCAAUCAGGCUCUGGCAGACCACUCCAUGUCGGACAAGCCUCGCCUCAUUGAUGGGAUUGUUCUCACUAAGUUUGACACCAUCGAUGACAAGGUGGGUGCUGCCAUCUCCAUGACCUACAUCACAGGCCAGCCCAUUGUGUUUGUCGGCACGGGGCAGACCUACAAUGACCUGCGCAGCCUCAACGCCCGCGCCGUGGUCAGCGCCCUGAUGAAGGCUUAAGCGGCUGCAUGUUCUGCUGUUUAUUCAUCGAAGCAACAAAGCCAACAAUACCUUUUGCCAUGCUGCCGUGAGAUGUUCCAGCCCUGCUAACCUGCGUAUCUCAUCCUCCUGUCUAGCCCUCUCUAAUUUGCAUCAAAUGAGGAACUCAUGUCAUGCACAGGACUUUAUUCUCUCAGUAAAGGACAAAUGUGCACUCUGAAAGACACAGAUCAUCUUGCAACAAAGGCAGAGGGGCCUCCCUUUGCAUCCCUUCUUAACGGUUUGGGCAUACAUUCAAAAAGUACCUCAGAUCAGCCCGAGUUUUGAAAUAAAUGAAGUCGCAUCCAAAUGACAUUUUAGGAUGGACUGAGGCUGUAAACGUCAUUGGUUUACUGGUUUAAACAGUAAAGAAAAAUCCCUUACCUGGCAUUUUGUCAGUCAGUUUUCCCUUCUUCAUGUAAAUGAGGUCAGGUCGUGGUGGCUUGCUGAAUGUGACAUUUCAGCAGCUGCCUGUGCCUGAGGAAAGCUUAGUGACCAUAGUGCCUAUCUGUCUCCUGUUUUCUUAGUUAACACCUUCACUACACAGGUGGUGUUAUCCAUCAAGUGUACGGCUUCAGUUCAGGUCAGAAAACCUCUAGUCUUGAGCAGUCUGAAUCUGUAUUUUACAUUUAUACUCAAGUCAGCAUGAACAUCGGCGCUUGUCAAAUUAUGUCGUAGGCCUUUGUCAAAAAUGGUUGGGGGGGAGGAGUCAUGUAACUGUACAGAUGAGGCUCAGUCAAAACAGAUUUUUUUUUGUAAAAUGGGGCAGUGCAUCAACAUCUCCUGGGCUCUAACAACUAUGGUACACUAGUUCUGGAUGGAUUGUUUUAUGAAAAUCAUCUCCUAGAGCUCCUUCCCUCCCUAACACAGUUAACACAUUUUCAUUACCAAAUGGAGACUUUGAUUCCCAAGUUUAUAGCUGAUGAAAACCAGAGAGAUAUUUUGUAAAGUAAUUUUUUUUAGUUCUUACAGGUUGUCCAUCAAUUUCAGACCACGCCUUGUGUGGCCACUUGUUCUUUUAUCCCCUUUUAUUUAUGUUUUUUCCUCAGAUUUACUCUUCAUUUAUAAGAAGAAAUAUAAGUCUUAAAUAUCUCUAGCCCCUGUUUUAAUUUGUGGUAGUGCAAUAUGAGAGAAUCAAGAGUUAUACAGAAGAUUUGAGCUAAUUUAUGAGAAUGUCAAAGUUUCUAAAUAAAGCUGCUAUAUGCUA